GUUACGUGAACUAUAGAUUUUCAGGCGACCUGUGCGUUCAAUGCGUGAAACUGAACGCAUCUAUAUUAUACGUCUAUGGAUCUUGCCUCCUAAUAUAGAGAUAACAAAUAUUAAUGCAAGAGGAAAAAAAGAAUAAUUUUAAACUUUGUCAAAAAAAUGGUGAAUGCAAUGAUGCUAUUUAGAAGUACGCAAAACAGUGAGUUCGCGGCGGCAUUUUACACGUGUUACAGAACAUAUUGCACUAGAAUGGAGGAUGUAUAUACGCCGCAAAAGAAAGUGAUCCAUCCGUACCGCCAAAUCCAUCCAUGGAAAUCGGAGAACGAAUUUGCAAAUAGUUUGUUGAAAAAUAUUAUUUACAAUGCAGAUGGAAUAGUUGCAAUAAACAAACCAUAUGGCAUAGCUGUAUAUAAAAAGAAAGAAAAAAAUGCUGAUUUAAAAAACUAUCACAAAAUUGUAGACGCAGUUGAUUAUUCUAUAUCUGAUGUUUUGCCAUAUCUUGCAAAGCAAUUAGAUGUACCAACCUUAAUACCAUGCAUGGGAUCGGAAAAAUUUAUGACUGGCCUCUAUGUUUUUGGAAUAAAUGACGAUGCAUGUCAGCAGGUAGAGAAGGCAAGAAGACGAUUUCAAAUGGGUAAAUAUAGAAAAUAUUGGGCAAUCACGACCAGAGUUCCAAGUGAUAUCAAAGGAAAAUAUCAUUUGGGAAUGAUCUUACAAGAAUCUUCAUUAGGAAUGAAAAAGCCUGUUAUCUUAACAAAGUGGUCUAAUAAUGCAGUAAAAAAAAAUGAAGUCCAAUUAUUAAAUAUAAAUUAUAAAAUUAUAUCCAAUUCGACACACAAUUUGAGCUCCCUAAUAGAAAUGGAAGCAUCUAUAAAAAGAUGGCACUCUCUUAGAUUAUUUGCUUCUACUAUGCUGUACAGUCCGAUUCUUGGAGAUAAUUGUCAUGGAUCACGAAUUCAAGAAAUCAUGGGUACAUGGAUAAAAGUCAAUCCAUUUGCUGAAUCAUGUUGGGAUAUGCCAAAAAUAAAUCGACAACUGCUGCAGUUGCUGGAUAUAAAGCAAAAUCAGCAAGAAAUUAUUCCCACUCAUAUACACUUAAGAAAUAUAUAUUUAACCUCUUUUGGCAAACAGAAAAAGGAUAUAAUAUUAGAAGCACCUUUAAUACAUCCUUUUGAUUGGACUUGCAAACAACUUAUGUUUAAGCACAUACCCGAAUUAAACAAUGACAACAUACAAGAUGAGGUAAAAAUAGCUUCUAUGUAAUUAUGAUGAAAUUGAUAUAUAAUGUUAAUGAAUUUUACCAAGUAUUAUAAUAAAAAAAAUUGUAAUUUAAA